UCUCCAAUUCACUCCGUCGUCGUCGUCGUCACUUAGAAGAUCCCACCAACUAAUCUGCAAAUUCAUACAGACAUACAUACUUGCUUCAUUUCAAUUCCUCUUUCUUAAUUAUUAUUAUUAUUAUUAUUAUUAUUAUUGUUACGUUGUUGUUUUCGGUUAUUUUAUUGAGAACGUUUUUAAUUAGCUAAUUAAUUAAUUCGAUGGCUGGUUUUCUCAGUUACAGUUACAGUUACAGCAAUGGAAGAUCAUCAUCAUCAUCAUCAUCAUCAUCAUCAUCAGCCAUAAUUAGCCUAAUUGUUGUGCUGCUAUUGUUGUUGUCAUUUGCAGGUGGAGGUGCUGCUAUUGCUGGUAAUGAUAAUUCCAGCAACAGUAGCAAGAAGCAUGAGCAUCGCCGGAAAUGGGUGGGGCCGUCGGGGCACCGCCUCAUCAGGGUGGCUGCAAACGGCUCCGGUGACUUCGCGUCGGUUCAGGCGGCCGUGGAUUCCGUGCCGGAAAAUAAUACCAAGAAUGUUCUCAUUCACAUCACUGCCGGCUUUUACAUAGAGAAGGUGGUGGUUCCGGCGACGAAGCCGUACGUGACAUUUCAAGGGGAGGGGAGGGAGACGACGGUGAUAGAGUGGCACGACAGGGCCGCCGACAAGGGAGAAGACGGCCAGCAGCUCCGGACAUACCACACCGCCUCCGUCACCGUCUUCGCGCCAUAUUUCUCUGCCAGGAACAUCUCCUUCAAGAACACAGCGCCGGCGCCGAUGCCGGGGAUGCAGGGCUGGCAGGCGGUGGCGUUCCGGAUAUCCGGUGACAAGGCCUUCUUCUCCGGCUGCGGCUUCUACGGGGCGCAGGACACCCUCUGCGACGACGCCGGCCGCCAUUACUUCAAGGACUGCUACAUCGAGGGCUCCAUCGAUUUCAUUUUUGGCAAUGGCAGGUCCAUGUACAAAGAUUGCGAGCUACACUCAAUAGCCACGAGAUUCGGGUCGAUAGCGGCCCAAGAUAGAAACUCGCCAGAUGAAAAGACCGGCUUCGCAUUUCUGGGCUGCAGAGUUACAGGAACAGGCCCACUUUAUGUGGGCCGAGCUAUGGGCCAGUAUUCCAGGAUUGUCUUCUCCUACACCUACUUCGACGACGUCGUUGCCCAUGGAGGAUGGGACGAUUGGGACCACGUCAGCAACAAGAACAAGACAGUAUUUUUUGGAGUGUAUAAAUGCUAUGGGCCUGGAGCAGCAAAAGUCCGUGGGGUAUCAUGGGCCCGGGAGCUCGACUACGAUACGGCCCAUCCGUUUCUCGCCAAGAGUUUUGUCAACGGAAGGCAUUGGAUUGCUCCUGCAGAUGCUUAACCAUUUUAUUCUAUAUACUUACUACACACAUACAUACGUCCAUUCAUUUAUUUAUUCAAUUUCAGAUCAUUGUAUUUGUAUGUAGCACUUAUUUAUUAUUUGAAUACAAUCAAUAAUAAUAAAAAGCUUUGAAUC